GUGUGUAAGAGCCGAGUAGCUAUUUAGCUGUGUGAGUAUUCUCUCACUAUUCUGUUGCCCCUGCGCAGUGUUAUACUUGCGCCUGACGUGUCUAACUUAAGUGACAAACUCCGGGCCUGUCACACCCCUACUCUUGCACGUGUUUCUAUGGAAUGGCCUGACACUAGUCUGCACCUCACGCUAGUCUGUCUGCACCUCACACUAGUCUCAGUUCCCUGUCAGUGCAGAGGCCCUUGUUGUACUACAGCCUGGGCGCUUAUACAUCUGGCCCUGCCUUAGGACUUUCAUCACCCGAGGUCUUUAGCUCCCAGCUGCAAUCUAUAAUAUAAUAGGCGCAAUGGCUGACAGUGAUAUGCAACCUGUAGAAGUACCCCCUGCAAAUGAAGACGGUAUUGUUUGCAGCCAAGAAAAAUCUCACCGCCAACAGCAUCAACACCUUUGCAGGUUUUUCUCCCAGGGACGAUACUGCCGGUUUGGUAGUAGAUGUCGAUUUCUCCAUCAACUUGCAGAUUGCCAACAUUCUGAGAAGAAUCGGAAGCAAAAUGUUUCAUGUGAGAUUUCUGAGAAGAGCAAUGCAGCUGAAAUAUCCUGUUCCACAAACAAAGCUUAUUCUGGUCCAUUAAAAAAAAACCUGGAAACUCAUCAAAGAAAAUACCUCCCCCGAAAACUAUGUCGCUACUUUGCUUCUGGAUAUUGUGCCAUGGAAAACCACUGUAAGUUUUGGCACCCUGACAGCCUUCCACCACUAAAUAAUGUUCCUCCUGUGGACAAAAAGGCAACUACUAGCAGUACUAAGGCUAGGUUGCCAGUAGAGAGGCCUCAAGCACUUCCAGAGGGUCUUAGAGUUGGUGAUGUAACCCUAGAUGUGGCUAAAAGACUAAGAGAAACCGAAAUUUCCCAAUUGUUAAAGAGGUUUCCAAAAGAUAAAGUUAUUGUCCAGGAAAGAGAUGAUGGAGAGGUUACAUAUUACAGAGUAACUGUGGAACCUACAGAUCCAGACUGGCCUUUUGACCUGAAGGAAAUGGAGAUCAUGCUGGAGUUCCCUGAUGAUUAUCCCUUAAAGAUUUUUACAGUCCAGAUUCCUGAAGAUCAAGAUUUACCUCCUGUUAUGGGCAGACAUGUAUGUGAAGCAUCUCUAGCCUGGUUAGAAGCCAAACAUGCAACCAAUCAGCUGAUUGGUAAAAUGGAGCUUUUGUUCCGACCUUAUCUGCACUGGCUUGAUCGCAACAUGGAAAGGCUUUUUACAGAAGGAGCCCGGCUGUUAAAGAGGGACGUUGAUGCAGAAAAAGCUGGUAUUGAGUUUGUACCUUACCAACAACUGCAAGCAUUAGUCAUUGUGCCAUCUUGUGAAGACAAAAGUGUUAGAGAGACUGUAACACAAAACAACUCGGGACAUCCUCCAGAUGAAACCCUUGAAGAGGAUUCAGACAGUUGGACAAGCUGUGAUGAUGAUGAGGAUGAGUUGGAACCUGGUACUGAUGUUGGGAUGAAGAGCAUAGAUGGAGGCGGGACAGAAGCUCCAAAGAAAGGAACAGAAAUCUGUUUUUUGGGUUUAAAGCUAGGAGAAGAUGUAGGAACUUUUAUGGCACAUUGCAUUUCUGUUUCCCUGCAAUGCAAUAGGUGUCAAACAAUAGCAGACCUGACUCUCACUGGGAAGCAGCCAUGCACAGCACAAUGUGAUCGAUGCAACAGUCGUAUCUGUGGGGCAUUCCACCCUCGUGUAAUCCAUCAGUUUUCUGUUGUGUUGGGUUAUGUGGACAUACAAGGAGCCUCCCCAAAAGAUCUUAUCCUUCAGGAUUGUUGUUUUAUAAUCAGCUGCUUAUCUUGUUCCCAAGAAGGACAAGUCCAGAGUCUCUCAUAUGGCAUCCCUAAAGAUUUAAAUUGUCUCCAUUGUCAUCGUAAACUCAGCAUAUCAGUUGAAGCUACAAAAUUCCAGAAAAUUGAACGCUGCACUGCAAAAAUUAUUGGUAGCAAAGGUUUGAUGAACCAGGGCAGGAAAAAGGCAGUAAGAGAUCCUUCAAUCCAGCCCGGUAAACCUCUUCCAGACUCCGGAACCUGCAAACAUUACAGAAAGAGCUGCCGCUGGCUGAGGUUCCCAUGCUGUGGAAAAGCCUACCCGUGUGAUAUUUGCCAUGAUGAUGCUGAGGAUCAUGAGAUGGAACUUGCUUCUCGCAUGAUAUGUGGACAUUGUGCUAAAGAGCAGAUUCUGGUCUUCCCUAUAUUGCCUCGGCCCAGCCUAGCGCUGUUGGGAUGCAUGGAUGGAGAUGUGGGGUCAAUUGGUUGUCGGACUUUGCUCCAGCUGCUAAUGUUCUAUGCUAGGAAAAUGAUUGUUCUUCGGUGGAAUCAGCGUGAAGCACCCAAACUUGAGGACUGGAAGGACCUUGUCAAUAAAGCCCUCCCUUACUAUAAAGCAGUUUAUAUGUCUAGAGGCUGCACGGACAAGUUUAUAGCUGUCUGGAUGCUAUGGGUAUUGAAUUCUGACACUAAUAGCCCCCAUGUGUUUUGAAAGGAUGGUCUGUGCUAGCUCCACCAGAUAUUAGUCUUGUCUACUGUUUACCCCCUCCACACUCCACACCCUCUUGGACUCUCUUUCUUUCCUCUCCCCUCUGUCGUAUUUCCUUUAUUGUUUUUCCUUUUUUAUUUUUUACUGACUAUGUAUAAUUUUUGAUUCCUUUACGGGACACUUCUGUCUUGUUUUUUGUGUGUGAGAAAACCAAUAAAAACACUUUUAAAAAAAAAAAAAAAAGUUAAUGACAGGCAGUGGUAUGGCACCAGGCUGUGUGAGGAUGUGGCCAUGGGGUAGGACAAGUUAAGUUUUCUCAGAGUUUUAGUGGUAGUUACCCUUCACUUAGUGGUUCUGCCUGCAUAUGAUGGGCACUGCUACUGCUGGUCACUGGAACAGGGUCAGCUGUGGUUUACAUCUGGCCAGUCUCUAGGAUCUUUCAUCUGUAUAUAAUGUCCUCAAUUUGGACAUACCUAAAAGAACAGCCUGAUCUUAAAUGAAGAACAGGGUUUGAUUCUUUCUGCCAUCCCGAAGGGGCCAAUCACAUAACAUCCCAGGUGGGCCAUUAUAAGGGACCAAUACUGGUGGACCAAUGGGGUGCCAUAUGGUGAGCAUGCCGGGUUAAGUCUACAUGUAGGAUCCAUACAGUGCACAGAUCUUAGAAGGGGACCUUGGGCUCAAUAUGUGUAUUGUGUUACAGAAGGUCCUGGCUUUAUUUGUCCUCACAGUAGGGAAUCAAUUACCUUGGCAGAACAGGAAUUCAGGCUGGCUACAGAAAUGAAACACACAGAGCAAAGGUUCUUACAUACCAUUUGGUGUAACACUUCAGGAGGGGAUACAUUAAGUGUUUCAGAUAUUUCACUCCAGAUUAGGAAAGCUGUUUCAUCACAGACAGCACUUGCUAAUUCAGAAGUAUUUUUUUUUUUAAUUCCCCCCUUAAAACGCUUUGUGUGCUGACACAACCAGCCUUAAGGAUGGUGGCAGACAGGGAGAUCUCCCCGAAAUGCCUUCUAUUUGGCAAGAAUACGAGUUACUGGCAGGAUGGCAAACAAAUCGCUUCAAAUUUCCAAAGUUGCCAAAGCGACCGGAGAUUAGUCGCCACAGAAGCGAAGAUUUGUUGCUGGGCGACUAAUCUCCCUGUCUGCCACCACCCUAUAACAGAAUAAAUGCUAGAUGAUUUACCAAUGAUCUUGCAACUUGACAUUUACUUUUCGUAUGAAUGUAUAACUGCAGGCAACAUUUCCUGGGCUAUAUCAGUGGUAUGUUGGGAAAUUCUGUGACAGACUGGGGCCAUUAAAAUCCCUUGAAGAUCCACUACCAACCAUUGUCCUUGAUUUGGACAUACCUAAAAGCCCGACCUAGUAGUAACAUAUAGGCUGCAACAGAAAACUGCAAAUAGAAAAUUGCUAUCGGCCCUUCGCUACAAUUACUUUGGUGCCAAUAAUGUCUGACGCACUUACCUCCUCUGUCUGCUAUCAAAGUGGGCUGUCAAAGCCAGCUAUAUCAAAUAGGGCCGGAUGACCUAGUAGGCCGUAAUGAAAAAAAUAUUUUCUACUGUAUUAGUAGAGCUGUUUGUUUAUUUGUUUGUAGAAAGGGGGAAAAGCAGUUUCUUGUUGCCAGUGCUUUGUUUUACUUCAUGCUAGCAACAGAGCUGUUAUUUUACCUAUUACCCACCCAAAAAUAUUGCACUGAACUAAGAUUUU